AUGCCCGUUCAGCAGCAUGUCCUGAACUGGCUCUACAGCGUCCUGACGAGCGAAUACCACGAUGUCAACCGCACCUACAACGACGUCGCCCGCGUCCUAAACGGCUUUCCAACCCUCACGCCCCGCACCGACGUGCACACCUUCUCCAAUGGCACCAACGCGCUCCUGCUGCACGUCUCGGGCACGAUCCCCGUUGUCUUCCGCGGCAGCACCUAUAGAUUCCCCUUGUCGAUAUGGGUGCCACACACGUACCCGCGAGAGCCUCCGCUCGUCUACGUGACGCCGACUCAGACCAUGGUGGUGCGUCCGGGCCAGCACGUCGACCCUCAGGGCCAGGUCUACCACCCCUACCUCGUAAGGUGGUCCGAAUUCUGGGACAACCCCCCGUCAUCUCCAGGCAGCGCACCUCGAGCGAGCCUCGGGCGCCUCCAACGCCCGCGAGACCCUCCGAAGAUGGCCGUACAGCAGGCUCUGGGCUUCCGCCUCGCCUGGCAGCCUCUGGACCUGCACCUGCGCAACCCCCGAUACCGUCGCGAUAUGAUUCCGCACCGCCCUUACCACCAGAGGCUCAAGCCCUCGGACCCUCGCGUCAACACCAUCCUCAUACUCACCCUCAAGCUCAUCCUGAAUCGCAUCUACCCCCUCAGCAGCACAUGA